AUGGGCGGGGGGUGGAGGGAAAAGCGGUCAAGGGCCCUUUACUCGAGCCCUCCGGCCCUCCGAGUGGAGGAAUCUGGAGAACAUGUCAUCUUCGGAACAGGAGAACUGUAUCUUGACUGCGUGAUGCACGACUUGAGGAAGAUGUAUUCAGAAAUUGACAUCAAGGUUGCUGACCCAGUCGUCUGCUUCUGUGAGACGGUUGUGGAAACUUCAUCGCUCAAGUGUUUUGCAGAAACUCCCAACAAGAAGAACAAAAUCACCAUGAUUGCUGAGCCACUGGAAAAGGGCCUGGCAGAGGACAUUGAGAAUGAGGUGGUGCAGAUCACAUGGAAUCGGAAGCGACUGGGAGAAUUCUUCCAGACCAAGUAUGACUGGGAUUUGCUCGCAGCUCGUUCCAUCUGGGCAUUUGGACCCGAUGCUACAGGCCCCAACAUUCUUGUGGAUGACACCCUGCCCUCUGAGGUUGACAAAGGACUUCUUAGUAUGGUGAAAGACAGCAUUGUCCAGGGCUUUCAGUGGGCCACGCGAGAAGGGCCCCUUUGUGAAGAACCCAUCCGUAACUGCAAGUUCAAGAUUUUGGAUGCUGUAAUAGCAAAUGAGCCCAUUCACCGUGGAGGUGGCCAGAUCAUCCCAACGGCUCGACGUGUGGCCUAUUCCGCAUUCUUGAUGGCAACUCCUCGCCUCAUGGAGCCGUACUACUUUGUGGAAGUGCAGGCUCCUGCUGACUGUGUCUCGGCUGUGUACACAGUUCUCGCUAGGAGGAGAGGUCACGUAACACAGGAUGCUCCUGUCCCUGGGUCGCCACUGUACACAAUCAAGGCCUUCAUUCCAGCCAUAGAUUCAUUUGGGUUUGAGACUGACCUGCGGACACAUACCCAAGGCCAAGCUUUCUGCCUUUCCAUGUUUCACCAUUGGCAGAAGCCGUACUCUCAGAUCGACCAGUCUCUACCAUUACCAAAAAGACGGGAUACCCUCUGCGGCACAUUGUGGCAUCGAUGA